AGCUGGGCGGCGCAGACCCGGCUCGGGACGCGCGGGCUGGGCGCCGUGGCCAUGCCCGGAGGCGCCCUAGCUGCUGUCCUACGCCCGACACUAACUCUGUAGACGACUCCCCGGGCCGGGCUGGCCCGGCCAUGCAGCUAGAGACGCAGGACGCGCUGUACGUGGCGCUGGAGUUGGUUAUCGCCGUGCUGGCGGUGGCUGGCAACUUACUGGUGUGCGCCGCCGUGGGAGCCUCGAGUGCACUGCAGACCCCCACCAAUUACUUCCUGGUGUCGCUCGCGGCAGCCGACGUGGCCGUGGGACUCUUCGCCAUCCCCUUCGCCAUCACCAUCAGCCUGGGCUUCUGCACGGACUUCUACAGCUGCCUCUUCCUCGCCUGCUUCGUGCUGGUGCUCACGCAGAGCUCCAUCUUCAGCCUCUUGGCCGUGGCCGUCGACAGGUAUCUGGCCAUCUGCGUCCCGCUCAGGUAUAAAGGUUUGGUCACUGGGACCCGAGCAAGAGGGACUAUUGCUGUCCUCUGGGUCCUCGCCUUUGGCAUUGGAUUGACUCCCUUCCUGGGUUGGAACAGUAGAAAGACUGCCACCAGCAACUGCACAGAACCUGGGGAUGGAAUCACGAAUAAGAGCUGCUGUCCUGUGAAGUGUCUCUUUGAGAAUGUGGUCCCCAUGAGCUACAUGGUAUAUUUCAACUUCUUCGGGUGUGUUCUUCCUCCGCUUCUCAUAAUGCUGGUGAUCUACAUCAAAAUCUUCAUGGUGGCCUGCAAGCAGCUUCAGCGCAUGGAACUGAUGGACCACUCUAGGACGACUCUCCAGAGAGAGAUCCAUGCGGCCAAGUCACUGGCUAUGAUUGUGGGCAUUUUUGCUCUGUGUUGGCUACCGGUGCAUGCCAUCAACUGUGUUUCUCUUUUCCAUCCAGCUUUGGCCAAGGACAAGCCCAAGUGGGUAAUGAAUGUUGCCAUCCUCCUGUCACAUGCCAAUUCAGUUGUCAAUCCCAUUGUAUAUGCCUACAGGAACCGAGACUUCCGCUAUACCUUCCACAGAAUCAUCUCCAGAUAUGUGCUCUGUCAGACCAAUACCAAGGGUGGCAGUGGGCAGGCUGGGGCACAGUCUACUCUCAGUCUAGGCUUAUGACCUAGGCUCUGGCCUUUUGGAGAAGGCGGCUUAAAAUAAACAAUGGGACUAGACCCAAUGGGCUGCUCCUCACUGUGAAAGAUGCUGCGCCUCUCAAGCAUGUGACCUGCCUCUUCUGAAUACUUGCCUGGAGUUACACGAGUCUGGCUAAUAUGCACAUGCAAUUAGGAGGCUCCAAGGUUAACAAAUAUAUUCAUUUAUGUAUCUAUUCUGCUGCUCUGACUGUGGAUGAUGGCUUGAACUGACUCUCAAAGACUGUUAUUUUUGAGAAUCUGCCACAUUGAUGAUAGAAAAUGACUGAGACUUAGCUUACUGUGAAACACUGUGAACUAUUGUAAAGUAUUUUUCACUUACAGCAAUGGAAAAAUAAAAGUUGGCUAUACUGA